GUUGAAAUGAGAGGAAGCGAUGGAGCUGAAGAUCGGCAUUCUGCUCCUGGCGCUUCUAAGGAUCGCCAACGCUUUCGAAAACUCGAAGGAGGAGGACGAUGCUGACGACAAGGACGACGAAAACUACCCCAUCGAGGAGUAUGAAUACGACUAUGGGAGCGCCACGAUAUCCAGCGAUACCGACCUUAUAUCAGGCGGAUCGUUACCGAUUUUCCUGACAGAACCCGUGGACACGUUCGUCGUCAAGGGGAAACCAGCCACUCUUCACUGCCGCGCCGCCCACGCUCUUCAGGUGUACUUCCGGUGCAACGGAGAUCGCAUGGACGGGUCCCAUCACCAGGAAUUCGUCGAUCCGAGGACCGGGACCAGAAUCGUGGAGGCGGAGCUCAACGUCACCAGGAACAUCGUCGAAGAGUACUUCGUGAAAGAGGGGUUCAAGUGCGAAUGCGUAGCUUGGUCUGGUUCGGGACAAAUUCGAGGACAGCCUGCCGCCGUCGAGGUCGCAUACUUGAAGAAGCACUUUAUAUCGCCGCCGUAUUCCGUCGCGGUCGAGGCAGGUCGUGGCACCGAAUUGCAGUGCGUUCCUCCCUUGGGAGUACCGGCACCUCGUUUGUCGUGGCUAAGAAACGGCGCGCCGCUGGAACCGUCUACUGCACCGGAGAAAAAUGCCGAGGAAGGCAGUCGCCUUCGGGUCUCGGCGGAAGGCCACCUUCUUCUAGAGCAGGCCGCCACCUGGCACCAGGGUAACUAUACCUGUGUGGCAGAGAACAUUGCGGCGAGAAGGAGCAGCGAUCCUGCCCUACUUACCGUCUAUGUCAACGGUGGCUGGUCUUCCUGGUCAGGGUGGUCCGAAUGCUCCGUCCGAUGUGGACGGGGACUCCAAAAGAGGACCAGGACUUGCUCCAACCCGACUCCCGUUAAUGGCGGCCAGACUUGUCCUGGAUCACCUGUCCAGCGAACGGAAUGCGACAUUUCAUGCCCCGCUGUUGAUGGGAGGUGGUCUUCCUGGUCACCUUGGUCGGCUUGUGGUCCGAACUGCUCGAGAACCAGAAGACGGUUCUGCAAUGACCCUCCACCCAGCAAUGGUGGCAGGUCUUGUCAAGGGAAAGACUUUGUCAUCGAGUCCUGCACGGCCGAUCGUUGCGGAGCUCUUGGUCAUGGAGGUCCUAGGAUCUUCAAGGAAGCAACGACGGCAGUCGAUAGGAAGACGUCGUUGAUCCUCUGGGUAUCGCUGAGCUUGGCCAUGUUGGUGAUCUCCCUCACGGCCAUCUUCUUGGUCAGGAUGGUGAGGCGGAAGGAGAGGAUGGAUACUCUCUAUGGGGUGGCCAAGCUGGACUUCCGGUCCGAACUCUUUGGGAAUCGCGCCCAAAAACCGGUGAUCACCAGGACGGAGAGGUCCACCUUGACGAACGACUUCGAUGCCGAGGAUCGGGUCUUCGGGAUGUCGAGAUCCUGCUCGGAGCAUCAUUACGACGUGCCACAGUUGUCCGUACCUUCGACCAAGUCAUCGUCCAGCUCCUCGAGGAGCCAUUCCCCGAGGACGUCGAUUCAUCGACAGACGACCUCCGAGAGCGAAGACGGCUCUGCCAGUAACAAUUUUUUCUCUCCUGAAUUAUCUGCAGAUUCUCCCUGCAACCCCGAACGGGAAGAGGACCACGAAGAGGAUUCAAGAUCAGGGGUCGAGAGCGAACUGCAUCUAACUCGGGACGUUGAAGGGAGUUUCAUAGUUAGGGCCCUGGUGUCCGAUCAGGGAGCACUUCUGGUGGUCCCAGAGGCGGGAGUUUCGAUAUCGGUUCCCGAAGGAUCGCUUUCCAGGGGACGGCGCGAGAACAUGUACCUAGCCCUUCUAGGAGACGACUUCUUCCGACCGAUCCUGCCGCCGAACGUGACCCUGCUCUCGGGAAUCGUCAGUUGCGGUCCAUCGGGAGUGAAUCUAACCAAACCGGUGAUUCUCCAGCUGGAGCACUGCGCCGAGCUGAGGACCAAUAAUUGGGAGCUGGCCCUUUGGUCGGCACCCAUCGACCUGGAUGGCUCCACCAGGUCCUACCAAUGGAGGAAGGUUCUGACUCUAGGCGGAGAGCCGACCAACCUCCCUGGGCAGCCUUUCGCUCAGCUGGACCAUUCCGGGAUCUUUCUGGUGACCGAAACUCUGGGAGGAUAUCUGAUAGCCGGGGAGAGUUCCACCGUGGCGCCUGGGAUCGCGAUGAAGAGACUCAAGCUCGUCGUCUACGCGUCCAGGGACAGGGACUACGUCAGGUGUUACGUCCUGGAGGACACCAGAGCCUCCUUCAAAGUGAUCGAGGAACAGGAACGCCGGGUCAGAGGCAUCCUGAUCGAUCGCCGCAGCUUCGGAUUCCAGGCCAGCGGAGCUCCCCUCAGUCUCUAUCUGGAGGACCUGGAGAGUGGGUUCGCGGACAGACAGGAAGUCCCCUACAGGCGAGUCUGGUCCACCUCCAGGACCAGCCUGCACAGGACGUUCAAGAUCGAGAGGAUCGCCGGAGACGUCCGUCUGGUGUUCGAGCUGAGGGCCAGCCAACGGGGAUUCGAGGAUCACGGGGUCCUUCUCAGGAUCGAUCUCGACGUUGCCGAUCGAGGGAGCAAGAGGAGGAGUGGCAAGAUAGAGACCACAGUCGUCAGCCGCACUGCCAGAUCCACGGAGUCCAUCGUUCCUAGGACAUUCAGAUUCUCCAAGAGCCUCAGGAAGCAACUGUGCCAAUGCCUGGACCCUCCCAGCGCCCGCGGGAACGAUUGGCGAAUGCUGGCGCAGAGACUGCAGGUCGAUCGCUACGUGGAGUACUUCGCCACGAAGGCUAGUCCCACCGAGCACAUCCUGGACCUCUGGGAGGCCAGGCACAGGGAGGCGACUGCCCUGGCGGAUCUGCUCAACCAUUUGAGACUGAUGGGACGUGUCGAUGCCGCCAGCAUCCUCGAGAACCGUUUCGGACCCUGGCUCUAACUGCCCCGAUGUCGUUCCCUAUCGAUGUAAAUGUAAAUACCAAGUCACCAAAAGUGUAAUCGACAAGUUUUGUAGCACUCGUUGGAGGACC